AUGGCUACGAUUCUGCAUUAUCUGCAGUACUUCCUCGGCCGCUUGUUCUAUCCCUUCCGAGGCCAUGACUCCCGCCAGUUCAUCUAUAGCCCGGCAUUCAAAGAUAUACCCAGGCCAAACAUGACCCUCAUAUGCGACGAAUGCGGUCCGUCUGGCUCGAAGCUUCUCCUGCACCACACAUCCCUCGCUGACGAUGGCGUCGGUUGCAUUCCCGAGCUGAAGUGGACACCCCCACAAGUCACCGGUCCUGUCGAGGAAUACAUCUUGAUUAGUGAAGACAUCGACCUGCCAAUUCCCUUUCUCGUUAUUCACCACGGUCUCUUUUGGGGAAUCAAUCCCUCCUACCGUGCUGUGACUCCGCUGCAGACCAAUGCAUCGAAGGACGGUCCAAAAUGGCAGACAAGUUGCGCGUGGAAAUACGUUCCUAACCUCCGAGGCUCAGCUUAUGUCGGCGCAAACCCUGUUCUCGGCCAUGGAACCCACCGAUAUGUUUUCACUAUCAUUGCUCUGAAGGAGAGUCUCAAGUUCGACACCCCUGAGAAGGUCAGCAAAUCGGACAUCAAAAAGGCCAUCGCUGGCAAGGUUAUCGGUUGGGGUCAGUGGGUCGGCGAAUUUGAGCGCCCGUGGCCUAACUAG